AUGCCGGAAGUACGAAAGGUUGCCUUCGGCGCUGACAGGACCGACAAAGUUAAAAUGGCUUCGCGGAUCGAGCUCAGCAACAACAAGAAGAUCCAGCCAAUGCGCAACGGAGAGCGCGGCUUCGCACGCCCCCACAAGGGCAAAGAGGACAAACCGAAGAAAAGUAGCCACCGCUCUGCCAAUACGACUUCGAAGCAGUUGUCCACGCACGUCCGUCACGAGAGAAGUGUGGUGCCUGAGGUCGAAGAAGCGGGUGUCGAUGAUGACGACAAGCCCGCUACGGUCCGUCGCAUCGAGUGGAAGGGGUCUUCGUACAGUUCGUGCGAUCCCUACCGCAAGCCAGAUGGGCGUUUUUGA